GUCCCGAUCCGCUUAAGGCCGAGGCAGACGUGGUGACUCGCUGGCCUGCGCAGAGCAGAACUGAACCCAGCUGCGAGCACGCUCUGGGGCAACCUGGCUUCCUCUGAGGGGCCGGAAGCCACAGGGAGCCAUGCGCUACCCAGCCACACUGCUCCUCAUCUUCCUGGCUAGUGGGGCUCAGGCCUUUCGCAUCUGUGCCUUCAAUGCCCAGCGGCUGACACUGACCAAGGUGGUCAGGGAGCACGUGAUGGACACCUUAGUUCGGAUCCUGGCUCGCUGUGACAUCACGGUGCUGCAGGAGGUGAUGGACUCUUCUGACAGCACCACUUCCCUCUUGCUUCGAGAACUCAGACGAUUUGAUGACUCUGGGCCCUACAACGCCCUGAUCAGCCCCCUGCUGGGGCAAAAUGUGUACAAGGAGAAGUAUGUGUACUUCUAUCGGUCACAGAAGACACAGGUCCUGAAUUACUACGUGUACGACGACAAGGAUGACCUCUUUGUCCGGGAGCCCUUUGUGGCCCAGUUCUCUUUGCCCAGCAAGGUCCUUCCCAGCCUGCUGCUGGUCCCGCUGCACACCACUCCCAAGGCCGUGGAAAAGGAGCUGAACGCCCUGUAUGACGUGUUUCUAGACGUCUCCCAGCACUGGCAGAGCCAGGAUGUGAUCCUGCUCGGGGACUUCAACGCUGACUGUACUUCACUGCCCAAAAAGCGCUUGAGCAAGCUGGCCCUGCGGGCCGAGCCCGGCUUCCACUGGGCGAUCGCCGACGGGGAGGACACCACAGUGCGGGCCAGCACUCACUGUGCCUAUGACCGCAUCGUGCUGCACGGGGAGCGCUUGCAGAGCCUGCUGCGCGCCGCAGCCCCCUUCAACUUCCCCGGGAGCUUCCGGCUCACUGAGGAGGAGGCCCUCAACAUCAGCGAUCACUACCCCGUGGAGGUGGAGAUGGAGCUGAGCCGGGCAGCACACAGCAUCCAGCCUCUCCACCUGGCCACUCUGCUGCUGCUGUCACUGCUGCUGUCGCUCCUGCCCCCUCACCUGGGGCCUUAG